AUUCGACUGCUGCAAGUGAAAAAAUAAAAAGAAAAAAAGUUGAGAAAACAGGCAAGCGAGCGAAAAACGGAUAUAUCCAAACUACACCCUUUGAUGACUCCGAUCAAAAGACUUCAACACCCCGUUCAUAUGAUAAAUAA